AUGCCUUCUGUUUCCAAUUCUGACACGCUGACAUUUUUUGUGAAUGGAAGAAAGGUAAUAGGCUCCCAUCCUGUUCCCUCUCUUCCACUUCUCUUUUCCUUGACCCUCCUCCUUCUAGUCUAUCUCAAAGGCACUAAAUACAGCUGUGGGAGUGGAGGCUGCGGUGCCUGCACGGUGAUGAUAUCCAGAUAUGAUCCCAAGAACAAGAAGAUCCACCACUACCCAGCAAUGGCAUGCCUGGUACCCAUCUGCUCUCUCCAAGGGGUAGCCAUUACCACGGUGGAAGGUGUGGGAAGCAUCAAGAAGAGGAUUCACCCUGUGCAGGAACGGCUUGCCAAGUGUCACGGCACGCAGUGUGGAUUCUGCAGCCCGGGGAUGGUGAUGUCUAUUUACACGCUGCUCAGGAACCACCCAGAGCCCACGCCUGGUCAGAUCAUGGAGGCUCUUGGAGGUAAUUUGUGCCGAUGCACUGGAUAUCGACCGAUCAUAGAGAGUGGGAGGACCUUCUGUCAGGGGUCUACUGUUUGCCAGAUGAAGGGGUCUGGAAAAUGCUGCAUGGAUCCAGAUGAGAGGCCUUUUGGGAGCAGAGAGGAAAAGAUGAGUUCCAAACUGUAUGAUGAAGACGAGUUCCAGCCCCUGGAUCCAUCGCAGGAGCCUAUAUUUCCUCCUGAACUGAUCAGAAUGGCAGAAGACCCAAACAAGAGGAGGCUGACAUUCCAAGGGGAGAGGACCACCUGGAUCAUGCCUGUCACCUUGCAGGACCUCUUAGAGCUGAAAGCCAGCUACCCCAAAGCCCCCCUGGUCAUGGGGAACACGGCAGUGGGACCCAGCAUUAGAUUUAAAGAUGAAUUCCAUCCAGUUUUUAUAUCCCCACUUGGGCUUCCAGAACUGUAUUUUGUGAACACCACAGACAAAGGGACAACAAUAGGCGCAGGGUACAGCCUGGCACAGCUGAACAAUGCCUUGGGUUUUCUGGUUUCGGAGCACCCAAAGGAGAAGACCAAGACCUAUCGCGCCCUCCUGAAGCACCUGAGGACACUUGCGGGGCCCCAGAUUAGGAAUAUGGCUACUUUAGGAGGGCAUGUGGUGAGCCGGCCUAAUAUUUCCGACCUCAACCCCAUUUUAGCAGCUGGAAACGCUACCAUCAAUGUGAUAUCUAAAGAAGGAGAACGGCAAAUCCCUUUAAACGGCCCUUUCCUCGAGGGGUUGCCUGAGGCCAACUUGAGACCAGAAGAGGUUGUGCUGUCUGUGUCCAUUCCUUACUCUGCCCAGUGGCACUUUGUGUCUGGACUCCGGCUGGCCCAACGUCAGGAAAAUGCCGCUGCCAUUGUCAAUGCUGGCAUGAGCGUGGAGUUUGAGGAAGGCACAAACACGAUCAAGGAGCUCCAGAUGUUCUUCGGAAAUGUUGCCUCCACGGUGGUCUCGGCAAGCCAAACCUGCAAGCAGCUCGCUGGGCGGGAAUGGGACGACCAGAUGCUGAAUGACUUGUGCCAGUGGGUCCUGGAGGAGAUCCGCAUCCCACCAGCAGCCAAGGGCGGCAUGGUGGAGUACCGGCGCACCCUCAUCAUCAGCUUGCUCUUUAAGUUCUACCUCAAAGUGAGGCGAUGGCUGAAUAAAAUGGAUCCACAGAAGUUUCCCGACAUCCCAGCAAACUUCGUGAGUGCUCUAGAUGACUUCCCCAUAGUAACGCCCCAAGGAAUUCAGAUGUUCCAGUGUGUGGAUCCCAGCCAACCCCAGCAAGAUCCGGUUGGGCACCCAAUCAUGCAUCAGUCAGCCAUUAAGCAUGCCACGGGGGAAGCCAUAUAUGUUGACGACAUGCCUCCCAUUGACCAAGAACUCUUCCUUGCUGUAGUCACCAGUACCAGGGCCCACGCAAGGAUCACAUCACUCGACGUGUCGGAAGCCCUGGCGUGUCCAGGGGUAGUCGAUGUGAUUACAGCCGAGGAUGUUCCAGGAGACAACAACUACAGUGGAGAGAUUUUCUUUGCACAGAUCGAGGUCAUUUGUGUGGGUCAGAUCGUCUGCACCGUGGCGGCCAAUACCUAUGCCCAUGCAAAAGAAGCAGCUAAACGCGUGAAGAUUACUUAUGAAGACAUAGACCCAAAAAUUAUCACCAUAGAGCAAGCCCUGGAACACGGUUCUUUUCUUUCUCCUGAGAAAAAAAUCGAACAAGGAAAUGUAGACGAUGCCUUCAAACACGUGGAUCAAGUCAUUGAAGGUGAGAUCCACGUGGAAGGCCAGGAACAUUUUUACAUGGAGACACAAAGUAUCCUGGCUAUCCCACAAACCGAAGACAAAGAGAUGGUGUUACACUUGGGGACACAGUUUCCAACCCGUGUGCAGGAAUACGUGUCUGCAGCAUUAAAGGUUCCAAGGAAUAGAAUCGCCUGCCACAUGAAAAGAGCUGGAGGAGCGUUUGGGGGCAAAGUGACCAAGCCCGCUCUCCUGGGAGCCGUCUGUGCCGUGGCCGCCCACAAGACUGGCCGCCCAAUCCGCUUUAUCCUAGAGCGAGGUGAUGACAUGCUGAUCACUGCUGGCCGCCACCCGCUCCUGGGAAAAUACAAAGUCGGGUUCAUGAGUAAUGGGGAGAUCAAGGCUGCUGACGUUGAGUAUUACAUCAACGGAGGGUGCACCCCCGAUGAGUCUGAGCUGGUGAUAGAAUUUGUUGUGCUGAAAUCUGAAAACGCAUAUCAUAUUCCAAAUUUCCGGUGCCGGGGCAGGGCUUGCAAAACAAAUCUGCCGUCUAACACAGCCUUCCGAGGAUUUGGCUUCCCCCAGGCUAUGGUGGUCGUGGAAGCAUACAUAGCUGCGGUGGCAUCUAAGUGUAACUUACUCCCUGAAGAGGUUAAGGAAAUAAAUAUGUAUAAGCAAACUAGCAAGACAGCCUAUAAGCAGGCAUUUAACCCCGAGCCCCUGCGAAGAUGCUGGAAAGAAUGUCUGGAGAAGGCAUCGUUCUAUGCUAGGAAGCAGGCCGCAGAGGAAUUUAACAAGAAGAAUUACUGGAAGAAGAGGGGCCUUGCUGUCACCCCCAUGAAGUAUAGCAUUGGACUCCCCAUAGCCUUCUACAAUCAGGCAGCCGCUCUGGUCCACAUCUACCUGGAUGGCUCUGUCCUGGUGACUCAUGGAGGCUGUGAGCUGGGACAAGGCCUCCACACCAAAAUAAUCCAGGUGGUCAGUCGCGAACUCGGCAUCCCGCAGUCGUACGUGCACCUGUCGGAAACCAGCACCGUCACGGUGCCCAACGCCGUCUUCACCGCGGGCUCCAUGGGGGCGGACACCAACGGGAAGGCCGUACAGAAUGCCUGCCAAGUUCUUCUGGACCGUCUUCACCCCAUCAUCAAGAAAAACCCCAAAGGAAAAUGGGAGGAGUGGGUUGCAAAAGCCUUUGAAGAAUCCAUCAGCCUCUCGGCCACAGGGUAUUUCAAAGGCUACCAGACAAACAUGGACUGGGAGAAGGAAGAAGGCAACCCUUACCCAUACUACGUCUACGGUGCGGCCUGCUCUGAGGUUGAAGUCGACUGCCUGACUGGGGCACACAAGCUCCUGAGGACGGACAUUUUCAUGGACGCUGCCUUCAGCAUCAACCCCGCCCUGGAUAUCGGGCAGAUCGAGGGAGCGUUUAUCCAAGGUAUGGGAUUAUACACCAUAGAGGAGCUCAAAUACUCUCCAGACGGUGUGCUCUAUUCUCGGGGUCCAGAUGACUACAAAAUUCCCACUGUCACUGAGAUACCAGAGGAAUUCUACGUCACUCUGGUGCGCUCUCGAAACCCCAUAGCCAUCUACUCAUCCAAGGGUUUGGGUGAGGCUGGCAUGUUCAUGGGGUCCUCAGUUUUGUUCGCCGUAUACGAUGCAGUGGCCGCCGCCCGCAAGGAGAGAGGGCUGAGCGACACCUUCCCCUUGAAUAGCCCAGCCACGCCUGAAGUGAUCCGCAUGGCUUGCAUGGAUCAGUUUACUGACAUGAUCCCGAGAGACGACCCUUCAACAUUCACCCCUUGGUCCAUCCAUGUGUCUUAAUCUCAUGUGUUGAGAAAAAGAAAGAGCAUACAGCUGAUUGAAACGAGCCCCAAAUCAGAGCAGCAUACAGGCUGAUGAGCAUUUGUCAAGCACGAUUUUACUGUUUUUAGUUAUUCCUGUGAUUAAGCUAUUGUGUGAUUACAUGUUAAGAUGCAGAUUUUUACCAAAUAGUGUGACAAAACUUAGAAGCAGAAAUGCUGAUUUAGUUUUCACUGUCCCGAAAAUCUGCAACCUUGAUGGUUUAUAACCUGGCCAUGUUCCAUUAACUGGGGGCAAGGAAGGGCUCCUCAUGGUUUGUUUUAUGCAGCUAUGCUUGAAACCCAACAAAACUGCCAUACAACAAAACUCUAUCUGGACUGGAGUCUCCCCAAACCAGUAUACCUGGAAACCCCACUUUACAGUGCCCGCCACUUCCUGUGGUGUAAACACUAUCACAAGGGCAAACAGUAAGGGCCUGGGGUGUCCAGAUGUGCGCCCCACUCAGGACUCCUGGAGUGGCUAAGAACUAUUUGUGCACACAGGGCAGAGAUGCCUGCCUCCCCCAUCCGUUCUGGUUUGAAUACAGCUUGUCCCCAAAGGUGUAUGCGGUAAGAGGUGGAGCCUAGUGAGAGGUACUUGGUGAGGGGAUCAGUGCUGAUAGGGAGGAACUGACCAGUUUCCCACAAGCCUGGCCACUCCUCAUCUCUCGCUUCCUCUCUGCCUGUGUGGGCCCUUGCACUUCUGCUGUGACAGAGAGGAGAUGGACUGUCCACCAGAUGGACAGUCCUAUGCCCUAGCCUCUAAAACUAUGAACCAAAAUAAACCACUUUUCAUUACAAAGUCAA